AUGGAUAAAGCACAGAAAAAGUUACAAGAUCAGCUUGUUACGUCCUUAGAUACUCUCUUCAAAUCUGGGGACUAUUCCGAUUUCAAGAUCAUUUGUGGGUCUGAGACACAUCGCGUCCACAAAGCUAUCGUCUUCCCGCAAUGCGAAUAUUUCGCUGCAUCUUGCAGAUUUGGCGGCAAGGAAGCUGAGAGUGGCGAGAUCACUCUGCAAGAUGAGCAACCUGAGCAUGUCAGGGCUAUGGUUUACUACUUUUACCAUCUAAUAUACGUCGUUCCUGGUCCGGCUCCUAGUGCAUCGAGUAUCAACACGAGAGGCUUCUUUGAGGCAUUUCCAUCGCCUUUUCAAAAUGACAUAGCUCCAGCCCAAUUUCAGGGGGAUGAAGCUCCACAGCGUUCCUACGACGAUGAACCGCUAGAGCCCACUCCUCCACCGCCUCUUCUAGCGGAAGAGUUUGGUGAUUGGGGGGCUUGGACGACGACCAAGCAAAAAAAGGAAAACGGAGGGAAGAUCUCGAAACGCCCAAGCGAAGCCAACCUAGGCCUAGUCUUCCACGCCCACAUGUAUGCCCUGGCGGACAAAUACAACAUCGAGGGUCUGAAGCUCAUUGCAAAGGUACGAUUCACUGGAGACGUGCAAGAGGGUUGGUCGCAUGAAGAGUUUCCCGACGCAAUACGUAUUGUCUACGACACAACACCGGAGAUGGACCUCGGUCUUCGAGACGCCAUAGUGGAUGUUCUGCUGAAGAACUCGUCGCUUCUAGAUAAGAAGGAGAUAGAGGCAGUCGUGAAAAAAAUCGCUGAACUCUCGUAUGAGCUCUUGAAGAGAUAUCACCAGGAUUACUCUUGUCAUCUUGUAGAAAAAAUUACAGAUCCAGAGCCACAAGAGCCACGAGAGCCUGGUAGAUGGCCUGAAGUAUGGUGA